AUGGACGCCUCCAAGCAAGCCCUCCAGAACUCCGACCUUGACCAGCUCAACGACAAGGACAAGGCCGAGCUCCGCCAAUUCCUUGCCAACGAGCAGCAGAGAUCCCAGAUUCAGACACAAACCCACGCCCUCACGGAGAUUUGCUGGAAGAAGUGCGUCAGCGGCUCAAUCAAGAACUCGAAACUGGAUAAGGGCGAGGAGUCGUGCCUGGCCAACUGCGUGGACCGCUUCCUCGACGUCAACUUCUUGACCAUGAAGCACCUCAACCAGAUGCGCUCAGGAUAG